CUCUCCCCCCCGCCCCGCAAUGGAAGACGUCGGCGCCUUGGUGGCGGCUUACUCCGGCGGCCUGGCCGGGGGCCUCGGCGUGACCGCGUGCGCCGCCGCUGCCGGCGGAGUCUUGCUUUAUAAAAUCGCGCGAAGGCCGAAGCCCACCCACACGACGGUCAACUGCUGGUUUUGUAACCAGGACACCGUGGUGCCAUAUGGGAAUCGCAAUUGCUGGGAUUGUCCGAAUUGUGAGCAGUACAACGGAUUUGAAGAGAAUGGAGAUUACAACAAGCCCAUCCCAGCUCAAUACAUGGAGAAUCUAAAUCAUGUCGUGUCUGGGGCGGAGGCCUUUUACGACCGCACCAAGCCCCAACAGUGGGUCAGCAGCCAAGUUCUUCUUUGUAAGAAGUGUAACAACCACCAGACUGUGAAGAUUAAGCAACUGGCGUCCUUCACCCCCCGAGAAGAGGGCAAAUACGAUGAAGAAAUCGAAGUAUAUAAACACCACUUGGAGCAGACCUAUAAACUCUGCCGGCCCUGUCAAGCCGCCGUUGAAUAUUAUAUCAAGUAUCAAAACCGCCAGCUUCGAGCCCUCCUCCUCCGGCACCAUUUCAACAGCCGGAAAAGCGACAAGAGUUACAUGCAGAGCUUUUACGCUUCGGCUUCCGUGGGCAAUACCACCCCUCUGCGAGUGAUCCUGCUGAGGAUUGUAGCCUUCCUCAGUUGUGCCACUCUUGUGGUGAUGGCGCUCUACGGGUCAGGAGACCCGUUUUUCUCGGGCUCUGCGACAUCGCCGCUUCCGCCAAGCCCAGGUCUGUCAAAGAACAAGACCGGGCCACCCCCGCCGGCGAUUCUGCCGCGUAACGGCUCCCUCCUGGAAUCGAUGGACUGGCAGGAGGCGAUCCAGUCUCUCUCAGCGCAAGCCGUGGAGAUGCUGGAAGCCGCCUGGAUCUAUGGGAAGAACCAUCAAACGGCUGUGGUCAUCCUGGGGCUGUCCACUUGCCUCCUGGCUAUGUUGCUGGGAGGACGGAUCAGGCUCCGACGCAUCGACGCCUUCGCUGCUUUCCUGUGGCUGCUGCUGAUGGGCUUCCACUUGGUAGAGAGGUAUCUGCAGGUGGACAUCCCCAGCUGGGUGGAGACCGCCAAGUUCAGUACCACCUCCCUGUGCUGCUUGGUGGGAUUCGCAGCCGCCGUGGCCACGCGGAAGCCCGGGGGUCAGUGGAAACCUCGGCCCCGAAGGUUUUCUUCCGGAGACCAAGCGGCCAUCUUCCCCAGCAGUGCCGAGUUCAGCUUCGCCUACCCCUCUCCUCCCCUCCCUUUCAUCCCCAGUCCUCCCAGUAUCCUCCAGUUGAACCAGCGGCUUUUCUGCUCCCCGCGUCGGACGUCCUCUUCUUCCCUCCCCGGGCGGCUGAAUCGGGCCCUUUCGCUCGGCACGAUUCCUUCCCUGGCCAGGACUGAUUCGGGCUACCUGUUCAGCGGAAGUCGGCCGCCCUCGCAGGCCUCCUGCCCCAAGGACUGGGCAGCAUCAGAAUAUUUCCCAGUCCUUUCCGGAAGCUGCAUGCCCUCGCCGGUGCCCUCGCCGGCACCGUCGGUAGCCGGCUCCAUGGCCUCCAGUUCCAGUUCCUUGCGCUUCCGCCGGCCUCUGAUCAGCCCCGCUCGACUGAACCUGAAGGGGCAGCAGCUACGGCUCUUCCGGGGACAAAGCGAACUCCACCACGGGGAAGAUUUCGCCCCUUCGGAAAACAGCCUGUUCACUCCGGAGCGGUCCGUCUUUCCAAAAACACACUUCGGAGAGCAUGGCCCACCAGAUGUGACAGCGGCCAGCAGCGUCUCCACCGAGGAUUCAGGGAAAAAGGCGGAGGGUUCGUCCCACUCAUCCAAUUGUGUUGUUGACACCACCACAAAAGAAGAACCUUCAGGCUGGAAGGGCUGCUUUGGGAACUUCCUUCUCCGAGGUCUCCUGGCCGUCAGCCUGACGGUCAACGCCAUCUUCACCUCGGCUUACCUCUACCAAACGUUGCGAUGAGCCUCAGCUCCCCACUCCACCCCGCCCCCCAAAAGUGGGGAGGGUCUUCCCCAUUUCCUUUCGUCCUGGAGAUCGCGAGCUUACAGAAGAGACUCGGACAUCACAAGGACCUUCUCCGUCGCAUGGCCGCGUCCCGCACAGGCAGCGGGAUCCGGUCUGUUUCUCCUGAUCGCUGUGGCUGCCCUGAUAUUCCUCGCCUGCUUCUCCAUCUUCUGAGAAGAGCCUGGGUGGAUUGGGAAGCGCUCUUGACUUUUUUUCCCCCCUGGUUUCCCCCAAUUUGUACAGAAUGUGGGAUGAAGAGAUGGAGUUUGGAAGCGGGCUGCGGUUGCGUUCCGCCCUUCAGCCACAAACCUCGAAUGGUGGUUAAAUGCUGGCUCACGGAGAGAACUUAAGAACUUUGGGAGAGUCCUUCUCUCCAUCCUCUUUGGUCUUCCAAGCCCCGGCCUCUCUUUUCCUAAUCUUUCUGUGGCCGAGGGGAGGGGCAAAAAACCAGUCCCUUUGCGUUGCUGGAUAAGUUGCUGACUUCCAGGAUAUCGGUCAGUUUCACUGCUUUUCAGGAUCCGGUCAGUUUCACUGCUUUUCAGGAUCCGGUCAGUUUCACUGCUUUUCAAGUCAAAUGUAUGUGGGACGUUUGGAGAAAGUCUCUGUUACUUGUGUCUAUCUUUGUUCUUAAUUUAUUAAUUUUCAAGGCCAGGGAGACAGUUUUUGAGAAGUUUCAUGCAGGGCAAAAUGGGUCAGUGGGCUGACAUCUUUAUUAGCAUCAGGAGAAGUAAACCUGUGCAAAUUAAAGUGAUUUUUUUUUGUUGUUAUUUUUUUCCCCAUGCUUAAAUGGCCUCUAAUGACAUCCUGCUUUUCCCCCAAACCAAUUGGGUUCCUUCAAUUGGGUUUUUGCAUUUGGAUGUUUGUUACUUCAGCUGCGGGAGAAAAUCCCCUGCAUGUAGAAAACUAGCAGUUGAGGGAGAAAGAUGAAACCAGAUGGCUUUUUUUCCUUUCCUUUUCCAGCCAGAGAAAAGCUGGUGGUGUGUGCUAGAAAUUUAGAAAAUUUAAACUCGGCUCCGGAAGUAACUUCCUGCGUUAAACACCCAAGUUUCAACCUUCCUCGUAUGGCUCACCUCGGCUGGCUAAAAUGAUAAGAAUGCUUCUUCUGCCUUAGCCGGCUGUGCAACAUGGGUUAGAAGGCUGAUUUUGCUUGUUUUUUUAAGGGCGUGACAAAAAGAGACCUCUUCAAAGCUUUUUUUUUUUUUCCCCCUGCCUCUUUAGCAAGAGAGGAAUUUUAAUUUAUUUAUUUUUUUAGCCAAGAUUAAGACCCAACAACUUUAUCCAUCGGUGAUCCUGGCUUGGAAAGCGGGACGUUCAAUGUCUUAUUGCCAAUGGGCUCAGGGAUGGUGCAGGAUAUCCAGUUAACUUUCUCAGAGUUCCCUCUGGUUGAAAAAGUUUCCAAUUUUUUCCAUCCUGGGUCUCUUCCCAGCUCCCAUGAAACUUCUCUCAAAGUAUUUUUUUUUUUGUUUUCCAGAAAUUUCAAACGUUGUGUUAAAAGAGGCUUUCUUUAAAACCACCCUAUCCGUCUUGUUUAAUUUUGCUUCGUAGGGCGAAUUUCUCAAAAGGGGGGUUCUCGCCCCAUGGGGGUUGCAAGAAAGCAGCUUUUUAAAAAAAAAAUCAGCGAAAUAUACACAGGGACGACACGAUAGCUCGAACAAGAGGCCUGUAUUUUUGGUGCUAGGAAACAGUUAUUAAAAAGUCACACUGGUGUUCCUUUGAUCACAGUGUUAAGGUGUAUCUUAAGGGUUACCCGUUUUCAAACUUAUUUUCUUAAACUUUAGGUGGGAUGUGGGGGGGGGAAACCACACACACACACGUUUUUUUAAAUGUAUAUUUCAUAUCCGUCUCUUUUUUUUCCCUUUCCUCCUGGGGAAUAAGGUCUUAACGUUUGGCAACGGAAAAGUUUAUUUUUCACAUCCAGGAGUUUGUUUUCCAAUUUGCCGUAUUUCUGUCGAAGCAGUCCCUCUCUCCCCUGGAUCUUUGCAUCUUUUGUUACACGCAAAGGCACGCAACUGUAGCGGUAACCCCCUGAGGACUAGCUACUUGCUGAAUGUACAAGAACAAUCAAAUAUACACUGUGUUCCUGCGAGGCUUGAAUUUCACCACCAAUGGGAAGGCCGUUGGAGAAAAUGACGGGAUCUUUUAUUUCAUUUUAUACAUAAGGGGGCCGGAGACGAAUCCGCCUUUCGGGGGUGUUUCAGAUUUCAUGUCGAAGGAGAGGGCGUUUCCCCCUCUUGUUAUGUUUCCCCUCUUGAGAUGUUUUAUGUUCUGCGUUUGGAAGGUUAUUUUUCUUUAUAAAACAGUUGAGAAUAAAAGUGACGUUGCAUCUUGA